UUGCCUUCUCUCGAGCGGGUCGGGGGCCAAGAUGGCGGCGGUGCUGCAGCAGGUCUUGGAGCGGUCCGAGCUGACCAAACUGCCCAAGGCCGUACAGGGGAAGCUGGAGCGCUUCCUGGCCGACCAGCAGAGCGAGAUCGACGCUCUUCGCACCCGGCACGAGCGCUACAAGGUGGACAGUGAACAACAGUAUUUUGAAGUGGAAAAGCGACUGGCUCAGAGUCAGGAGAGACUUGUAAAUGAGACACAAGAAUGUCAGAAUCUCCAACAGGAACUCCACAAACUCAAUGAGCAGCUGAAAUCACUCACUGAGAGAAACAAAGAACUGGAAGCAGCUCAGGAUCACAGUGCAUCCAUACAGAGCCAAUUGACUAGAGCAAAAGAAGAAUUGGAGGCAGAGAAGAGAGAUUUGGUCCGAACAAGUGAGAGAAGAGCUCAAGAGCUAGAGCACUUAAAUGUGGAUGUUAAGCGUCUGAAUGAGAAACUUACAGCAGCAAAUACUGCAAAUGUAGAGCUAAGGUUAAACCUUGAUGAACUUCAGACUUCGGCCCUUUCUGUAAAAUAUCGUGAGCAAAGAUGGGAGCAAGAAAAAGAAUUGUUACAAAAUCAAAACACUUGGCUAAAUUCAGAACUGAAAACAAAAACAGAUGAGCUUCUACGUGUUGCACGGGAAAAAGGGAGUGAAAUUUUGGAGCUUAAAUGUAGCCUGGAGAACAAGAAAGAGGAGGUUUCCAGGCUGGAAGAGCAAGUCAGUGGAUUUAAACAGUCAAAUGAAAAUCUACAGAAACAUGUGGAAGACCUUUUAGUGAAACUUAAAGAGGCAAAAGAACAGCAAGCUAGUAUGGAAGAAAGAUUCCACAAUGAAUUAAAUGCCCAUAUCAAGUUAUCUAAUUUAUACAAGAGUGCUGCUGAUGACCUGGAGGCAAAAAGCAAUGAGUUGACUCAAGCUCUAGAGGAGAUGCACAAACUUUUGAAAGAGGCAGGUGAAGCUAACAAAGAAGCAAAUGACCGUUUAAAUGAAAUGGAACAGUCAAAGGCUGCUGUGGAAAAAGACCUGAAAGAAAAGAUUAACAAGCUGGAGAAGGAAUUGGACAAUGCAAACAAUUUGGUUUCAGCCACCAAGCGUAAAGGGGUUGUUCUUUCAGAGGAUGAGCUGGCAGCAAUGUCUCCUACAGCUGCUGCAGUCGCAAAAGUGGUAAAGCCUGGCAUGAAGUUAACUGAGCUGUACAAUGCAUAUGUGGAAGCUCAAGAUCAACUGUUGCUGGAAAAACUAGAGAAUAAAAGGAUUAAUAAGUACUUGGAUGAAAUAGUGCAGGAAGUGGAAGCCAAAGCACCUAUUUUGAAGCGUCAGCGUGAAGAAUAUGAACGGUCACAAAAAGCUGUAGCAAGUCUUUCUGCUAAACUUGAGCACGCUAUGAAGGAAAUUCGGCGCUUGCAAGAGGGUGCUGAUAAAGCAAACAAGCAAGCUUCUCUGCUUGAGAGAGAGAACCAGAGGCUCGAAAGCCAAGUCAGAGAUCUUUCACAGCAGAUAAGAGUGCUUUUGAUGGAACUUGAAGAAGCCCGAGGCAAUCAUGUCAUCCGCGAUGAAGAAGUGAGCUCUGCUGAUAUCAGUAGUUCUUCUGAAGUAAUAACCCAACACCUGGUCUCCUACAGAAACAUUGAGGAACUUCAGCAGCAAAACCAGCGCCUCCUUGUAGCUCUUCGAGAGCUGGGUGAGGCUAAAGAGAAAGAAGAGCAGGAAACUGCUUCAUCUAAGAUAUCAGAGCUGCAAAGUCAACUUGGAGAAGCUAUUAGUGAAUUAGAAAAGCUGCGGGAGUCACGCCACCACCAGAUGCAGCUUGUGGAUUCCAUAGUUCGUCAGCGCGACAUGUAUCGCAUCUUGUUAGCACAGACCACUGGAGUUACCAUUCCAUUGCAAGCUUCAAUUACCUUACCAGAGGAGAUGUCUCUACCAUCAACCCCUAAGCGUCUACCAGGUACACCUCAGUCCAUGUCAACACCUGUUCCUGUACAAGUGAGUGAAUCAACAGAAGCUGCUGAAGCAAAAGCUGCCCUUAAGCAGUUACAGGAGCUAUUUGAAAGCUACAAGAAAGAAAAAGCAGAAAAUGACAAGUUGCUUAAUGAACAAAAUGAGAAACUUCAGGAACAGGUUACGGAUUUGAGGUCUCAGAAUACAAAAAUUUCCACUCAACUUGAAUUUGCUUCCAAACGUUAUUCAAUGCUGCAGGAUAAUGUGGAGAGGUAUCGGCGAGAGAUAACAUCACUGCAGGAGAGAAUUCAGAAGCUUUCGGCAACUACUCAGAAGCAAGAACAGAUAAUCAAUACCUUGACACAGGAACUGAGAGGAGCCAAUGAAAAACUAACGGUGGCAGAGGUGAGAGCAGAGAAUUUGAAAAAAGAAAAGGAUAUAUUGAAGAUGGCAGAGGUUCGUCUAACUCAGCAAAAAGAAUCUUUAAUAGCAGAACAAAGGGGCCAGAAUCUGCUUCUUACAAAUCUACAGUCUAUUCAGGUAAUCCUGGAAAGGGCUGAGACAGAAACUCAGCAACGUCUCAAUAACCAAAUUGAGAAGUUAGAGCGUGAAAUAGCCCAACUGAAGAAAAAGCUAGAAAAUGAAGCAGAACAAAGGCAUGCAUUAACCAAGAAUCAAGAUAUUCAUUUAUUGGAUGCUAAAAGACAACUUGAUACUGAAAUGAAUCUUCAUGCUAGUACAAAGGAACUGUUGAAGAAUGCUCAAAAGGAUAUUGCAACCUUGAAGCAGCAGCUUCAUAAUAUGGAGGCUCAGUUAGCCUCCCAGUCAUUACAGCAACUUCCUGGUCAAGGACAGGCUAAUACAAACGAAGAUAGGGAUGAUCUUGUAAGUCGCUUGAGACAAUCUGAAGAGCAAGUCAAUGAUUUAAAGGAAAGGCUAAAGACGGCAACAAGUAAUGUGGAGCAAUACCGAACGAUGGUUCUGAGUCUUGAAGAUUCUCUUAACAAAGAGAAACAGGUAACAGAGGAAGUUCGGACAGCUGUAGAAGCUCGCUUGAAGGAAUCCACCGAGUAUCAGUCCCAGUUAGAAAAAAAAUUGAUGGAAGUAGAAAAGGAAAAACAGGAACUUCAGGAUGAAAAGCAAAAAGCAAUUGAAAACAAGGAACAACAGCUUUCUGAGCUAAAGAAAAAUCUUGCCAGUAUGAAGUCUGAACUCCAGGAAGCUCUUCAGAGGGCAAGCACAGCUCUUAGUAAUGAACAGCACGCUAAACGGGACUGCCAAGAGCAAGCCAAAAUAGCUGCAGAAGCACAGAAUAAAUAUGAACGAGAGCUGAUGCUUCAUGCUUCUGAUGUUGAAGCCUUACAGGCUGCGAAAGAACAGGUCACAAAGAAUUCUGGCAUCAAGCAACAAUUGGAGGAAGCAGCCCAGAAAGCAGAAUCUACAUUGCGAGAGAGCAAGGCCUCAUGGGAGGAACGAGAGAGGACUCUGAAGGAUGAAGCUUCUAAGCUUGCGUCUCGCUGUGCUGACUUAGAAAAGCAAAACCAAUUGUUGCAUGAGCAGCUGGAAACUUUAAGUGACAAGAUGAUGUCUUCAGUGAAAGAAGGCGUAUCAGGUGCAUUGAACGUGUCUCUCGGUGAAGAAGGAAAAUCACAAGAGCAAAUAAUAGAAAUUCUCCGAUUUAUACGUCGAGAAAAAGAGAUUGCAGAAACAAGGUUUGAGGUAGCUCAAGUGGAGAGUUUACGCUAUCGGCAAAGGGUGGAACAUUUGGAAAGGGAGCUUCAGGAGCUUCAGCAGAGUCUGAAUGCAGAGAGAGAGAAGGUUCAGGUGACAGCAAGAACAAUUGCUCAACAUGAAGAACUUAUGAAGAAGACUGAGACCAUGAAUGUACUAACAGAAACCAACAAGAUGCUGAGGGAAGAAAAAGAGAGACUGGAACAGGACCUGCAGCAAAUGCAAGCAAAGUUGCAUAAGUUGGAAGCUGAUAUCUUGCCUUUGCAAGAGUCAAAUGCUGAGCUGAGCGAGAAAAGUGGGAUGCUUCAAGCAGAAAAGAAGCUUCUGGAAGAGGAUGUCAAACGCUGGAAAGCUCGGACCCAGCACUUACUGAGUCAACAAAAAGAUACAGAUGUUGAAGAGUAUCGAAAGCUUCUUUCAGAAAAGGAGGUGAACACCAAACGCAUACAGCAGAUGAGUGAAGAAAUAGGCAGACUAAAGGCUGAAAUAGCAAGAUCAAAUGCAUCUCUGACAACAAGUCAGAAUCUUGUCCAGACUCUUCGCGAAGAUGUAGCAAAAUCAAAAGCUGAAAAGGAAGCCCUGCAAAAAGAGUUGGAAAUUAAAGUGGCUGAUAUUCAAGAGAAGGUUAAAACAAUAACUCAAGUAAAGAAAAUUGGACGCAGAUAUAAGACACAAUACGAAGAGCUGAAAGCCCAACAUGACAAGGUGAUUGCAGAAGCCUCGACACAGUCUCGUGCAGAACAGGAGGAGCAGCAGGCUUCGGAUAAGGAAGUUCAGGAGGUGAAACAUGCUUUAACCCAAGCUGAGGCCAGGAUUAAAGCCUUGGAGGGACAGAUUGAAAAUUUACAAAAGACACUGGGAGAGAAAGACAAUGAAUUGAAGACUCUUCAGGAACAAGUGGCCCAGCUACAGUCAGAGAUUUCCCGCCUUCAUCAAGAAUUGCAGGAAAAAACAACCCAAGAAGAACAUUUCCGGCAACAAGUAACUGAAAAGGAGGAGAAGACAAAGAAGACCCUUCUGGCAGCUAAGCAGAGAAUAGCCCUGUUGUCAGGUGUCAAAGAACAGCUGUCUAAAGAAAAUGAGGAAUGGAAACAGAAGAGCAACAGUUUGGAAGAGCAAAAGACGGAGAUGGAAGUGCGGAUGAGUGCGCUUAAAUCACAGUAUGAAGGCCGCAUUUGCCGUCUAGAGAGAGAGCUGCGAGAACAGCAAGAGAGGCAUCAUGAACAGCGAGAUGAGCCUACAGAAUCUACCAACAAGGUUCCCGAACAGCAGAGACAAAUCACACUUAAAUCAACCCCUGUAGCAGGUGACAGAGGAAUAGCUAGUACUUCAGAUCCACCAACAGCCAACAUCAAACCAACUCCUGUUGUGUCUACCCCAAGCAAAGUGACUGCUGCUGCAAUAGCGGGCAACAAAUCCACUCCAAGGGCCAGCAUCCGUCCAAUGGUUACUCCUGCAACAGUCACAAAUCCUACGACAACACCAACAGCCACAGUUAUGCCAACCACACAGGUGGAAACUCAGGAAGCCAUGCAGUCAGAAGGACCAGUUGAACACGUUCCAGUCUUUGGGAGCACGAGUGGGUCUGUGCGCUCCACUAGUCCCAACGUCCAGACGUCUCUCUCACAGCCCCUCUUGACAGUUCAGCAGCAAACACAAGCAACAGCUUUUGUGCAGCCAACUCAGCAAAGCCAUGCUCAGAUAGAACCAGCCACUCAAGAUCCCCCUCCAACGAUUUUGGAAGUGGUUCAGAGCUCCCAGAUGGAAAGGCCUUCUACAUCAACAGCAGUGUUUGGCACAGUUUCAGCCACACCAAGUUCUUCUUUACCCAAACGUGCACGAGAGGAAGAAGAUGAUAGCACAGUUGAAAACUCAGAACAAAUUCCUGAGGAAAUGGUUGAUGUGCCUGUUCCAAAAAAAAUGAGAAGUGUGCAAAGAGUUGGACCAGAGGAGGAAGUAACUGCAGAAGAGAGCACAGAUGGCGAAAUAGAAGCUCAAGUCUACAAUCAGGAUUCACAGGAUUCCAUUGGAGAGGGUGUUACACAAGGGGAGUAUACUCCUAUGGAAGACAGUGAGGAAACUUCUCAAUCCAUGGCAAUAGAGCUUGGACCCCAUCAAUCUGAUCAACAGAAUACUACAUCAACUCAGGAUGGUCAGGGCAAGAGAGAUGAUGUCAUUGUCAUUGACAGCGAUGAUGAAGAGGAAGAUGACGAUGAAAAUGAUGGAGAAGCAGAAGAAUAUGAAGAUGAGGAAGAAGAUGAGGAUGAUGAGGAUGAUGAAGACACAGGGAUGGGUGAUGAGGGUGAAGAUAGCAAUGAAGGCACUGGGAGCGUUGACGGCAAUGAGAGAUACGAAGGAGAUGAAGCUGAGGGUCCUGAUGGAGUAGAUCCUGGUACAGAAACGGAAGACAGCAUCGCUGGAGGUGAAAGCAGCCAGAGAGCAGCUGACUCUCAAAACUGUGGUGAAGGAAGCACUGGUGCCGCAGAGUCCACUUUCUCCCAGGAAAGCCUACGAGAGCAACAGCCCACCUCUGCCUCAGAGAGGCAGGUGCCACGUCCUCCUCGGCCCCAUCCAUUGCCCCCACGACUGACAAUCCAUGCAAUUCCCGCUCCACCGCAGGAGCUGGGACCACCAGUACAGAGAAUCCAGAUGACUCGAAGGCAAUCUGUGGGACGUGGACUUCAGCUAACCCCUGGCAUAGGUGGCAUGCAGCAGCACUUUUUUGAUGAUGAGGACAGGACAGUUCCAAGCACACCAACCCUAGUGGUACCACAUCGUACAGAUGGAUUUGCAGAAGCAAUUCAUUCCCCUCAAGUUGCUGGAGUUCCCAGAUUCAGGUUUGGACCUCCUGAGGAUAUGCCACAGACAUCUGGACAGUCGGAUCUUGGCCAGCUUGCUUCUCAAGGAGGGUUAGGAAUGUAUGAAACACCUCUUUUCCUUGCCCAUGAAGAAGAAUCAGGAGGCCGUAGUGUCCCAACCACUCCACUGCAGGUGGCAGCUCCUGUGUCUGUAUUUACUGAAAGCAGUACACCUGAUGCAUCAGAACAUGCUUCCCAGUCUGUUCCAAUGGUCACAACAUCCACUGGUAACUUAUCAACUACUUCAGAAUCUGGGACAGGUGAUGAUGGUGAUGAGGUUUUUGUGGAGGCAGAAUCGGAAGGAAUUACUUCAGAGGUUGGCCUAGAAAUUGAUAGCCAGCAGGAAGAAGAAUCAUCUCAAGCUCCUGAUGAGUCAGAUCUUCCUUCCACCAGUCAAGACCCUCCUUCUAGUUCAUCUGCAGACACGAGCAGUAAUCAUCCCAAGCCUUUCCGGAGGGUUAGACUUCAGCCACCAACAUUAAGAACUGGUGUUCGCGGUCGUCAGUUUAACAGACAGAGGGGUGUAACUCAUGCGAUGGGUGGCAGAGGAGGCCUAAAUAGAGGCAAUAUUAACUAAGUUCUGUACAAAUUUUGGAAAUGGUAUAUACUGUCUAAUCUGCAUUUAUUCUGUACUAGUGUAGCUUUAAGCAGUUUUUUUAUUUUCAAAUUGGAUUGGCGUAUGAACAUUUCAUUGUCUUUCAUUAAUAAAAAUGAGAUAAAUUGUCAAA